GGUCCCAGACAUGGCGCUGCUCAUGGUGCUCAGUCUUCCCAGGCGAAAGCAGACUUUCCUACUUCAUUUGAAGCGGCCGCUUAGUUGCUGGUACCCAAGGGAAUUAAAACACAGAAGUGCGAAGAAGGGGGACAACAAGGUUUUACAAACGUUCCCCAGACAGACUACACGCCACAUUUUGGGGGAAGACUAUUCACGACACUUGUUAGAUGCGGCAAAGGUGCUGGCGGGAUGGCCAUCUACACACACAAGGACGUGCUGGCAUGGGAAUGCAGGGGGUCGUCUUCAUACAGACCCCAAGCAAGGGCUGAUGGAAGUGGAUUCCAAAAAAAUAUUAAAAGCUAUGUUUUCCUACGUUUGGCCAAAAGACAGACCUGAUUUACGAGCAAGAGUUGUCAUAUCCCUUGGGCUUUUAGCGGGUGCAAAGGGUAUGAAUAUUGUGGUGCCAUUUAUGUUUAAAUAUGCAGUUGAUAACCUCAAUGAGUUAUCUGGAAAUGUACUGAAUCUGAGUGAUGCACCAAAUGCAAUUGCAACUAUGGCAACAGCUAUGCUGAUAGGCUAUGGUGCAUCUAGGGCUGGCUCUGCCCUCUUUAAUGAAAUGAGAAACGCAGUGUUCAGUAAGGUUGCCCAGAGUUCCAUCAGGAGAAUCGCCAAGAAUGUUUUCUUACAUCUGCACAACCUUGACCUUGGUUUCCAUCUAAGCCGGCAAACUGGAGCCCUGUCCAAAGCCAUUGACAGGGGUACAAGAGGCAUCAGUUUUGUCCUUAGUGCUUUAGUAUUUAACCUGGGACCCACUUUGUUCGAGGUGCUUCUUGUCAGCAGUAUAUUGUACUACAAAUGUGGAGCCCAGUUUGCAGCAGUAACCUUGGGGACACUAGGAGCUUAUACUGCAUUUACAGUUGGAAUCACUCAGUGGAGGACGAAAUUUAGGAUAGAAAUGAACAAAGCUGAUAAUGAUGCUGGUAAUGCUGCAAUUGAUUCCUUGCUAAACUAUGAAACUGUAAAGUAUUUUAACAAUGAAAAGUAUGAAGCAGAAAGAUAUGAUGAGUUUUUGAAGACUUAUGAAAGUGCAUCUUUGAAGACUACCUCUACUUUAGCUUUGCUAAAUUUUGGACAAAGUGUAUUAUUUAGUGUUGGUCUUACAGCUAUCAUGGUACUUGCAAGUCAAGGGAUUAUUGCAGGUAAUAUGACUAUUGGCGAUCUGGUCAUGGUGAAUGGACUGCUCUUCCAGCUAUCUAUGCCCUUGAACUUCCUGGGAACAGUGUACAGAGAAACACGACAAGCUCUCAUUGACAUGAACACGCUUUUCACCCUUCUUAGUGUGGAUACAAGGAUUAAAAACAAAGAACUAGCUUCCCCACUGCUGAUCACUCCUCAGACUGCAGCCAUCACAUUCGAUGACGUUUAUUUUGAAUACUUAGAAGGUCAGAAGAUCCUUAAUGGGAUAUCCUUUGAGGUGCCUGCAGGACAGAAAAUAGCUAUUGUUGGUGGUAGUGGAUCUGGCAAGAGCACCUUGAUUCGACUGCUGUUCCGGUUUUAUGAACCUCAAAAGGGAAACAUUUUCGUGGCAGGGCAGAAUAUUCAGGAAGUCAGUCUGGAAAGCUUAAGGAAAGCGAUUGGAGUUGUUCCUCAGGAUGCUGUUCUAUUUCACAACACCUUGUAUUAUAACUUGCUGUAUGGGAAUAUCAAUGCCACUCCAGAAGAAGUUUACCAUGUAGCAAAGUUGGCAGGGCUACAUGAAUCCAUCCUACGCAUGCCUCAUGGGUACAACACCCAAGUAGGUGAACGUGGACUUAAGCUAUCAGGUGGCGAGAAGCAACGUGUUGCAAUUGCCCGGGCAAUGUUAAAGAACCCACCCAUUAUUCUUUAUGAUGAGGCCACAUCUUCACUGGAUUCCAUCACUGAAGAGAAUAUCCUGGGCUCAAUGCGUGAUAUUGUGAAGCACAGAACCUCAGUGUUUAUUGCACACAGACUAUCUACUAUUGUUGAUGCCGAUGAAAUCAUUGUUCUGGAAAAGGGUAAAGUUGCAGAGCGGGGAACACACUUUGGACUCUUGGCCAACCCCAGCAGCUUGUACUCAGAACUGUGGCAUACGCAGAGCAAUAGAGUCCUUAACAAUAACAGCCAGAAGGUAGAAAAGAGCAGCCAAGAAAUGUCUAAGGAUGAAGAGAGGAAGAAGCUGCAAGAGGAGAUUAUUAAUAAUGUAAAGGGCUGUGGAAAUUGCUCCUGCUAGCCAAGAGUGACGGCUUUAUGGCAAGGACUAAACAUCUGUGCUCAUCAGCAGCAACCAUGUGCUAAUGCCAUCCCUCCCAAAUCUUUCCUUACUUCGGUUUGCUUAUUUCCAAUAUCCUUUGUUUUUCUUCUCAAAUAACCCGUUUAUCAAAUCUUUACGCUAGUCUUUUUUUUUUCUUUCUGAUCUUCCCUUUUUGCCUCAAGAUCACAGAUGUCUUCAGAAAUGAUUUAAAGAAUUCUCCAAUAAUGGCCUUCAGGAUGCAACAGAUGUGGUCUUACAGUCAUUUUGAGAUUGUCCAGCUGCUAAAACUAUUAACAAAACAUUGUGAUUGUGGUGCACAUCGUGGUACAUUAUAGGGUUUGUCCCAUCUCAUAAAAGGUCCAAGAAUUCUGUACUUUUCUCACGUCAUAAAAGUAGUUAUUGCCUGUUGACUCUAAACAAACCUUUAUUUUAUUUUGAUUAGAAGGAAUUUGUAUAUAUCUGAAAUUGCUUUCUAGCACAUACAAAAGGAGCAUCUCUUCAAAAAAAAAAUGAGUUCAUGAAGUUCGUUCUUUUAUAAACUUUUUAUGAGAUUAUUAUAUCUGAAUUAAAAUAUAGAAAUUUUGAAGCUGGUAAUGUUUGUUUUUAAUCUGACCUAUCUUAUUUUAAUUGGUUCAGAAUUUACUUUUGGUAAUAUAUGAUUGUGUUUUUGACAGAGAUGAAAUUAAGUGUGUCAUUAAAGGGUUAUUAAAUUUAAAAUUAUUCCCUUUAAUUAUGAAAUUAAUGAUACAACGUUGCCUGCUUUUCCCGUAAUUUAAAUCCCGAAUUGGCCACAGCAAAAAAGAUAAGUAAAACAAUGACGCUUUUCAAAGGGCUGUGUCUGUUGACUGGAAAACAAUUAAAAUUUUAGUCUAGUCUUAAUUAUUUUUAAAACCUUUAUCUUGUAUACAGAUCUUUUGCAAUAGUGUUAUUAAUUUCUGUUGCUCAAAUAAUACUUUGACUUUAAUGCUCCUUUAAAGAUUCUUGCACAUAGUGUUCUGCACUGUAUGGCUUUAGCACACUGUUUUAACAAAAUCUGCAAUAUAAGGUUAAAAAAGGUACAUAGCUUUUUUCAGCUCCAAGAUUGGCACCUAGUGGACACUUGUGACAUUCUAGUGCAUAAGGAAACCACCAGUGCUGCAUACGUACACUGCACGUGAUUGCCUGUCAAUCAAGUGCCUCAUAUGCAUUUAAUCAUGUGGUUUACUUGUGUAAAUUAAAACACCUGUGCUCAGAUUGGGGUGGACACUUUUAUGGUAUAUCUUUUUUAAGGGCUUUCUCCAUCUUUGCAAAAUAUACAUAAGGGAAAAGUAAAUGUAUAUGUCAAUGUUAGAUUUUAUUGUUUAAGGACAAAAAUGAUCCUCUUGUAAAUGAAGAAUCAUUUGGAAACAGUAACACAGCUUUGGUGACUAAGCAACUCACCUGUAGGCCUUCAAAUCAUUACUUGUUUAGGCAACAGAUCAUCUGAUUAUUAUUCUUUAAUGUGUGUGUGUGUGUGUUGUAAUACAGAGAUUCUAUUCAAAUCUUAAUAGAAAUAUUUCCUCAAAUUCUAUGCCCCAAGUGUCUAUCAAUUUGAGUCAAAUCAGUUCAGAAAGAAAGAAAAUUACUGUAGUCAUGUUAAAUCCUGUAAUAUAUGUCACAGGAAUAAUGUGAUCUCCAUCUAAAUCCAGGUCCUCAAUCCUUAUUUCCCAGAUGACCUGCAGACAUCCCUUCUGUCUUCAUUCAUUCUUCAUUUGGAUGAUUUGCUGCUCUCCUAACACUCAUGAGAAUGCAACUUCUUGUGCAUGUUGUCUUGUUUGGCAAAUCGCCUCAGGAACUGACAGAUAAGAACUGUCCCCAUGACAUGUUUCCCCCUCGUAGCCCUCUGCUCCCCUCCUGAUCUCAGUAUAUGUUUGUACACUGGUAUAAAUGCACUUAAGAAUUCUCUACAUAAAACAGUUGAAAGCACAGUUUUCUGUUGCCACUUGUGACCAGGAUGCAUAAGGAAAUUACAAUUUGCUUAUGUAAAUUAUAAGGGGUGUUUAGAACAAAUGUUGCAAUGUUGUUUUUUACCAAAUUGAGUACAAUAAAUAUUCCGUAAAAGUCAGACAAUGUUGCGAUUAGAUGCCAACCAUAUUCUAUUAAAACUGGUGAACUAUUUUCUUUAUAACAAUGUUAUGUGUUAGCUGCUGAAUUAUGGUCCGUUUUUGUCUUUGGUAAUGAAAUUUGUAAAGGCUGUGACACAGCAAGCGAUGCGGCACGAGGCGAAGCAGCUGCUUCGCACCGCAUCGCUUCUGAAGUUCAAAUAUUUCAUCUCUGAACGCCUAGCUAUGCGAUCUGACACAGCAGAGUGCUCAGAGAUGAAAAGGCAGACACACUGAGCACGCACAUUCGCAUCUACACGCAGCGCGCCGCUCCACUUGCAGUGUGUCACAGCCUUUAAUGUCUAACAUCAAAACAGGUUUUCUAGAAAAAAAAAGAAACCUCAGAAAUUAAUAAGCAAUUAAUUGUGAUUUUUUUAUUUUAUUGAUAUGUUUAUAAUUGUUUUUUAUUGUCAACUUUAAUGCCGUUGUUGAGCUGUGUUCUACAGCACUAGAACAGUAGUUCUUAACCUUGUCAUCAUGACACACCAAUAUGCCCUUAUUUAAUUACACCCUUUCUUCAGAACAGGUGGUUUAUUAGUGACAAUUAUUUUGAUGGUGUCUGCGCCUGUAUAGGGAGAUGAUGGGUGUGCUCAAGGUUGGUAGCAUCUGCCUUUAAUAUCCACUGUCUGUCAUAAUAAUGAGAAUGCUUGCCACUUUUUUGUAGUUGUGUAGAUGCCUCCUGGGGAAAUUGGGUCUUUUUUGCAAUUAAGAACAGUUGUUUAUUUGUCGUCCACUUUAUAGAAUGUUUUAAAUAAUGCACAUUCUCCACUUUAUCUAAACUUCAAGACACUUAUAUUUGACGCGUAACCUUCUAUUAUGCCAGAGUGUUCCAAUUACAAUUAAACCAGCAAAUGAUCUGUGCUACUUCAUUGUGUUAUUACAACCUUUUUUCCUGCCCUCUCCAGAGCGUGCUUAAAGGGACAUGAAACCCAAAUUUUUUCUUUCAUGAUUUAGAAAGAGCAUACAAUUAUAAACAACUUUCUAAUUUACUUCUAUUAUCUAAUUUGCUUCAUUCUCUUGAUAUUCUUUGCUGAAAAGCAUAUCUAGAUAUGCUUAGUAGCUGCUGAUUGGUAGCUGCACAUAGAUGCCUCCUGUGAUUGGUUCACUGUGUGCAUUGCUAUUUCUUCCUUAAAGUAUAUCUAAAGAAUGAAGCAAAUUAGGUAAUAGAAGUAAAUUGGAAUGUUGUUUAAAAUUGUAUUCUCUACCUUAAUCAUGAAAGAAAAUGUUUGGGUAUAGUGUCCCUUUAAAGAUAUAGUUGAGUGGACAUCACAUCAAUGCAAGCACAAAGGACAUUGAGCUGGAGAGCUCUUCAUCAGGGAGGGGAGGGAUGGGGGGUCUCCUUUUGAUGAUUAAUAUGUGAUGUAAAUUUGUUUGUGUGUUCUGCAAUAAAAAAUUAUUUCAACUAAAGAUAUAGUUGAGAACUAGCACUCAAAAACUGUAAACAGUACUUAAAAUGAUUACAAUUAAAAAUAACUGCUCAAAAUCUUAUCUCCUUCAUACAUGCAUGCAAAAGAGGCCUUUUUUAAAAGCAGCUUGGGUGUACCACAUUGAGGACUGACAUUUCCUAAUGCAGCCUGUACCUGCCAGCAAGCCUGAAAUAAUUUGUGAGAUAUGACCUCAAUUACAGCAUAUCUUUAGUUGAAUGCUGAUCUUUUUAACUUAUUCAAAGUUGAAAUUUUAUGUACUGAAAAGAAUAUAAUUAUAUUUGUACAGGUAAAAUAUAUCAGAUUAUUUCAUUUUGUCUUUCAAUUCUAGCUUUUUUUUAUUACAAGAAAAUGCUGUUAAUUUAGAUAUUUUGGAAAGACUUUAUCCGCAUAUACUAUGUAUUAGUAAAUGAUUGCUUAAUAAAAUACAUUUUGAAUUGUGUUUUAUUGUCCAUUGGCAUUCAAAACAAAAAUAAAAUGUUUUAAUGAAUAAA